GGGUACUCGGUGCGCAAGUAUUUCCCAAACAAACACAGUAAGCGGAUUGUUUCUUCGGACCACAAGGAAAUGCUCGUCGAAGUCUGCCUCCCUUCCUCCACGCCAACGUUAAUGUCCGCCCGAACUCACCUGAGCCUCUCCCCAUCUUCUCAAUUUGCUCUUUCUAACCAAACUAACCGCCCUCUCGUUUGUCGUUUCUCGCUUGAUGAAUCCAAGCAACCAGGAGAGCUCGAGCAGAGAGCCUCGCGAUCGGUCUUGGUGGAACGAUAUGAAAAUGGAAAGGCGAAGAGAUACCUACUGGACAGCAAUCGGCGUCUGCAAGGUUUCUGGGAGGAAGAAGAAGGCUUAAAGAACAAAGUGCACGAUGAUGAAUCUUCAAAUCUAUCUUUUCUUCUGAAAAAAAUUGAAGAUUUUUUUCUGCCUGCAUCUUUUCCUGCUUCUGUAUCAGAUGAUUAUUUGGAUUACAUGCUAUUGCAAUUUCCUACAAAUGUAACAGGGUGGAUUUGCCAUACAUUAGUUACUUCUAGUCUUCUUAAGGCUGUAGGUGUCGGCUCCUAUUCACGGACUGGUGUUGCUGCUUCUACUGCUGUCAUCCAAUGGGUGUCAAAAGAUGGUUUGGGAGCGAUUGGACGUCUUUUCAUUGGUGGACGCUAUGGUUACCUGUUUGAUGAUGAUCCAAAGCAGUGGAGGAUGUAUGCGGAUAUUAUUGGAAGUGCUGGCAGUGUCUUUGAGAUUAGUACACAACUGUAUCCUGCAUAUUUUCUCCCACUUGCUUCAUUUGGAAACUUAAUGAAGGCUAUAGCAAGAGGACUGAAGGACCCUUCAUUUCGCGUGAUUCAGAAUCAUUUUGCCAUCUCUGCAAAUCUUGGAGAAGUUGCUGCAAAGGAGGAAGUAUGGGAAGUAGCUGCUCAACUAGUGGGACUUGCUUUUGGCAUACUCAUCAUGGAAGCUCCUGGAUUAAGAGAAUCAUACUCCAUGCAUGCUUUCACGUGGUUGAGCAUGCGCCUUAUGCACCUCUGGUUGCGUUAUCAGUCACUAUCAGUUCUUAAGUUCCGCUCCAUAAACCUCAAGCGUGCACGCAUUCUUGUGAAAUCACAUGUUCUAUAUAACACAGUUCCAGGGUAUAUUGAUGUAAAUAAAGAGGAGAAACUUCUAUCUUGGGAGCAUUUUCUGCAACCAAGAAUUACAUUCGGUGUUACCAUAGAAAGCAUGGUCCCUAAGAGGAACUUCAGCCAAAUCGUUAAAGCACUUUUGGAACUAUACGCACAAGAAAAGUAUAUUCUCUUUGUGAACCUGCGUGGAUCAAAAGUGCUAAACUACUACAUAACAUAUAAGGUUGGGGCCACAAGUGUAUCAGUUUUGAAGAGUUUAUGGCAAGUUUAUUGGUUGCACACAUACAAUGAAGAACUUGGCAGGGAUGAUAUAUUGGGUUGGCUCAGUGAGAGCCUUCUGAAACUGGAAGCCAGAUUUAGUGUCUUUCUAAAACAGUUGGAAGAGGCUGGAUGGGAGAGAGAGAUGAUUAUUCUUAAGGUGCCAAAGCACCUGGUUUUUGAAGAAGGAGAUUCACCUCCUGAGUUUUUUUGAGUGAUGAACAUAUCAUGUUUUUUUUUCACUUGUUUUAUUUUAAUAGAUUGAUGUUGGGCUUCAAAAUUUUGUAUU